AUGGCUGGAAAAAGAAAAACAAGAGCUAAAGUAGCGCCUACUGCUUGCACAAACAAGGCAUCUGAUGCAACCCCAAAAGCCACCCAGGGAAAACCAAAGAAGAGAGAUACAAAGGCUGAAGAUAAGAAUAAUGAAGAAUCUAAGGACCAGAUAAAGGAGAUAUCUGCUGCUAUGUCUAAUGGAGUCAUGGUCGACCAUAAAGUGCCAGAUCCUGGCUCAUUUGAAGUGGUUAGUGUUGGGGGUAAAGUUCUAAAUACUCAUUUAAUGCUUGCUGAUUGUAUCAGAAACAAUAACAAGUUCUACAUCAUUCAAGGUCUCAAGAAAGGAUCUUCUUUCAUGCUCUGGACUCGAUGGGGAAGGGUCGGAGUUGAUGGACAGACUGGCAAAACUAUGGUUUCUAAUGAAAAUGCCUUGCUAGCUCAAUUCAACAAAAAGAUGAAAGCCAAGACCAAUAAAGGUUAUAAUGAAAUUGAGAUCAGCUAUGAAGAAGUUGAAGAGACUACUAAAAAGAUAGAAGCUCUUGAAGAAAAGAAAAAGGGAGAAGAUACUGAACCUCAAAAGAAGAAAGAAUCUGUGCUUCCUUCUUCAGUACAGGAUUUACUAAGGUUUAUUUUUGAUAUGAAAAUGAUUGAGAAAAGUGUAGUAAAGGUUGGAUUUAAUGUCAAAAAAUUACCUCUUGGUAAACUCUCCAAAGCAACUAUUACUAAAGGGUAUGAAGUUCUACGAAAAAUAGACCAGGAGAUGAAGAACUUAGGUAGCCAGGCAACUCUUGGAACCCUAAGCUCUGAGUUUUACUCUAUCAUCCCUCACGAUUUUGGGUUUGCUAAAUUGUCUCAGUUUGUUAUCAAUACUAAGGAAAAACUGAAAGACAAAUUAGAGCUUGUUGAAGCACUUGGAGAUAUUCAAAUCGCUGCUGAAAUCAUGAACGACGCCAACAAAGAUAAUAGUGACAAGAAUGAGCUCGAUGCUAAGUACGAUAUGAUGAAGUGCAAAAUAGUUCCUCUGGACAAAGACCAUCAAGAUUAUGAUAACUUGGUAAAAACUAUAACAUCGACUCAUGGGUCAACGCAUUAUUUCAAUGUCAAGCCACUUGAGAUAUUUAAGAUAGAAAGAGAGGGCGAAGAAGAGAGGUUCAAUCAAGCAUUAAGCAAUAAGAAACUAUUAUGGCAUGGAUCAAGGUUCUCUAACUGGGGUGGCAUACUCUCGCAAGGGUUAAGAAUUGCACCACCAGAAGCUCCUGCCACAGGAUAUAUGUUUGGAAAAGGAGUUUAUUUCGCCGAUAUUGUAACUAAAUCUGCUGGGUACUGCUGCUCUCAUAUCUCUAAUAGUGAAGGCUUAUUAGCUCUGUGAGAAGUUGCUCUUGGUGACACUAGAGACCUCAAAAAUGCUGACUACAAUGCUAAUAGACUUCCUGCAGGUAAAGGAUCUACAAAAGGAGUUGGAAGAUGGGUUCCAGAAAAUGAAGUAGACAUCGAUGGAGUUCCAGCUUAUGUUGGUCCUAUCAAAGAUCUUGGCAGUAACUACUACCUAAGAUACAACGAAUUCAUCACUUAUGAUGUCUCCAAUGUUAAAAUCAAGUAUCUGUUUAGAUGCAAGAUUGGUUAGUUAUGUAACAGACACAUUUUAAUAUUCAACCUUGUUUUA